GUACGAAGCAAAAGGAGGCAUGUCCUUGUUACAGGUUAAGAAGAUUGCUUUCUACAACUACUCCCAUCCCAUUUUCUUUGACAAGGAAAGAAGGUGCAAAUUUAUUUACGAGGUAUGGGAAAUUCAAAAAAGGAAUACCGCUGCUUUCCAAAAUUUGGUAAGUUUAGAUAAAUCACCGGUAGAGAUGACUGGUUGGAUUAAAAAGGUCCCCUUGAAUCAAUCUAUUUCUGAAGAUGAUACUAAACAAUCACCUCUAAGGCAAGUGCUUUACGGACCUAGGAAUUCUCAACAAAAUCAGCAGCAGCAGCAGCAACAGUCACUUAAAAUCCAGGGGCGAUAUAACCAUCCUUAUUCUGUUCCGGCGUAUCCGAGAAACGUUUGUGAACAUGGGAGAGAUAUUACUACAAAAACCUGGUCGGGAAAAGUACACGCGUAGAAAAAAAGUACACGUGUUUCUCAAAAAAAGAAAAAAAAGAAAAGAAAAGAAAGGUAGAAACGGCGGUGGGUUAGGGUAUUUAUCCACCGCCUCCCUCCUAGUAUAUAAACAAGCAAAACCACAAACAAGCAAUACGCACUCUGCUCUCUGCUUUCUCUCUCUCUCUUUCAUAGUCGUCCAUUUGUUUUGCUUGCGUUGCUCCGUUUCUAUCCGAUCCUCUCUUCGCGCUUGGGUUGCUCCGUUUCUAUCCGAUCCUCUCUUCGCAAAGCAAAUUACAAAGUUGGCCAUGUCGAAUUUCGGAUUUUCAACACCGAAAUCAUCGUCCUCUUCGUCUGCAUCUUCGUCGUCUCCACCUUCUUCAUCUACAUUCUCACUACCAUUGAGUGAUGAAGAUUCUCUUCCGUACCAGAAAUUUGCUUGUAUUCUCGUACGAGGUUCUCGUAUGGUUUUGGAGUGGUAUGUCUUUAACAUCUCCGACGAUGUUGAGCACAAUCAGGCUCCUCCUCCCCCUGGUCCUAGUCCAUUUCUACAAGCAGUAUUUCAUCCAAACUCCCACGAGCAGCCGCAUAUCAAACCCGCAGUGAUUGUACCUCCAGGAAUGAAGUGUUCCGUUUUAGGAUCCAACAACACUUUAUACCAUAUAGCUGGCCGCAGUUUUUGUGCUUCUGGACGCGACGAUUUAGUGUCUCGCUUUGACCUUACCAAUACCAAAAAAUCUAGGCAAGAGUUUCUUCCUCCAAUGCCUAAUGGCAUUUUGUCAUCACAUGCCCUCUUUCUUGGCAAUAAGCUUUAUUGCCUAGGUGGUUAUGAAGAAAACAAACCUUGGGCCAUGGCUUACGACUUGAGUCUUGAUAGAUGGGACUCUUUAGUGGAUCCUCCUGACCGUCCCAAAAAUAUUGAUAAUAGUUUUUCAGUGGCUUUAGAGGUCCCAACCCCAACUAUUGUGGUGGGUUCAACUUUGCAGCCUUCUCCUCUCCAAAUCUAUGAUGUGCAUACCAAGUGUUGGAGACGACAUGAGUUUAUAAACAAGGAUGGCUUUUAUCUUUUCCCUCGGGGACAACCUGUGGCUGUUGAUAGCAAGUUUUAUUGGUAUGAAUUCAACUAUCAAUGCCUAGCUGCAUUUGAUGUGGUCACAAACGAGUGGUCAUUGGCCUAUGUCCCUAUACAUGACAGUCAUGAAUGUCUAUUGGAUGGAGAGAUCGAUUCACCUCCGCGCUUGGCUCAUCUAGCUGGUGAUGAUUUUUGCUUGUUUUGGGGAUCCCCCUGCCAGCAUUACGAACCUGGUGCCCCUCUUGACAGGGUCACAUCUCGCCUUCACUGCCUGAAGUUUCGUAUUUCCAAAGUUCACCCAAAGCAAGGAUCAACUUUUCGCUUGGAUGCCUCUAUCCUGUCAUGCCAAUCCUACGUUGUGCCUGACGUAAAGCUCUUUUUUGAUGGCUUCGUGGGGGACGGUCAUUUGGAUUUGGGAUACAACUGCUUGGAAGUUUGACAACAUGAGUGUGUUCAUUUGGUGGAAUUGCAAGGUAGAGGUGAACUAUAUGCUAUGAAGGCAAUGGAAAAGUCAAUGAUGCUGAAUCGUAACAAGGAAAUAUGGGGUUAUGGUUAAAAUGCAGUUUUGUGUGUGGCAAAUGAAUUCUAUACUGAAGGUGGAGUGGCCUUUAAAUGUCCACUCUGAAGGAGAAAAGUAACAUUUUUGCAAAGUUUCACGGAAUCUAAAACAUGGCCCCAUUUGAGCUAGCUCUAUCUAAUUGUUCUUCUUAACUUUACCAAUCAGAACAGAUCUCAUGAUGAUGAUUUCCAAUAUUCUUGGUUUGUACAAAGUAAACAUGUGACUUCCUCUUCACUUUUCUAAAUAUUCUUUGGUUCACUAUAAUGUCAUAUGAAUGAAAUUACUGCUAUAUGUAAUGAUUAGAAUGUACAGGUGGUAGAAUUUUCAGGAAAAUUACUUUUGUCUUGCCCUACAUCUAACACAUAUUAAACUGUGAAUCUGUUACCCUCUUGGUUGUCUUUCUUUUUUUAUACAAUUCUUGUUCUCUAA